AUGGUGCACCGUGCGGUGGUCGUCGUUGCUGUUGUUAUACUCUCUAGUUAUGUUACCGCUCAGCCGGGUCCGACUUUCCAAUCGACGAUAUUCGACAUACCGUCUGAGCUCCCCUCGGAGGACUAUGCAGUACUUUCUCAACUUGAAGAUGUUACCACUCCAAAGGUUCACCACCCAUUGAAGACAAAGAAGAUCAACAAGGCCGCGUUGAAUUUGCCCCAGGUCCAGCCUACAGUACCAGCUGCUGUUCAGCCUCCUCCUGUUCAGCCACUACCGCCACCUCCGAUCGUACCCACACCGGCCCCAUUUACCCUGCCAACUCAUCCCACCUUCCCUCCAUUCACUCUGCCAACUCACGCUCCAUUUACCCUACCAACUCAUCCCACCAUCGCACCGUUCACUCUACCUGGUGCUCCCCCCACUCCACCACCACCACCAUUCAUUCUGCCAACACACCCUACUAUGGCUCCAUUCACUUUCCCUACCCAUCCCACCUUCGCGCCAUUCACUUUCCCAACACAUCCUACAUUUGCACCAUAUAGUGCAGUUACACUUCCAUUUGGCUCUGUGUCUCCUUCGAUAUCUCAGCCUCCUCAACCAGGACAGGCCACUCAACCAGAUCAGCAUCAGCAGCUGCAGCAAUUUGGAGCUCAACAACCGCAGGUUCCACCGAGCCCUUCCGUGCUCUCGCCACCACAGCAGCAGCUCACCUUCCCACAUCAACAGACCACUCAGGCACAAGUUGAGCAACCUCAUCACCCUCUCUUCCCACCACACCAUCAUCUUCUACAGCCGGCCGGCGGUCAGCCACAACAACAGCAGUACGGCCAAGUGCAGCCAGGAGCUCAGACACCGCAGCAACAGUUUGGACAACCGCAGCAAUUCCAACAACAACAGCAAUUUGGUCCAGAUCAGUCACGGCCGCAAGAACAGCAGCAACAGCAGCAGUAUGGAGGACAGUACGUUCCACAGCAACAGGUCGCACCAGCACAGUAUCCACCUCCUUUCGCUCAGCAGGGUCAGAACCAAAACCAGCAGCAGCAGCCACAGUUCCCACAGCAACAGGGUCAGCCACAAUUCCCACAACAACGUGUGGACGUCCCACAGCAGCCCUUCCAGCAGUCGAUCGAUCCCCGAGCCCAACAGUACACCAAGUCCUCAUCUACUACUGCUCAACAGCAAGGAGUAGCUCAGCGACGAUUUGAGAAG